UGGGUUGCAUUCCUUGAAAUAGGAAGCCCCUCACAAUCUGUCACCCCCACAUAUGAUCUUGAAACUAAGAAUACUCUUAUCGAGUCUUCCCUAUGUAAUGAUUGUGUCGGCGGCUUUGGCUUUGAUGCAGCGCAGAGUUCAUCAUACAAAUACAACAAUAAUAUUUCUCAAAACAUUGGACGAUACCACAUUUACGAAUAUGGGGCGGAUCUCAUUAAAAUUGAUGGUUAUAAUGUAUCACAUUUGUUUGGUCUGGUGGAUUCUGUUAAUACGAAAUUGAAGACGGACUCAAUAGUCACGAGCAUAUUUGGACUUGGAGGUCUUUGGAAAAUAAAUAUUAAUGGAAUAGGAAUAGGUUUUAGUGACAAUACUCCUAAUAUAAAACUUAAUAACAUGGCUCAGGCUGCAGUUCUUAGUUCUUCAAAUCCUCAGAUGGUUUUUAGUAUAGAAUUUGCAAAUAACGUUACAAAUUUUGUAGGUGGUAAAUUUGAUCCACAAUACGGAUACAUUGGACCAUGUAGUUCCACUAUUUUUGGAUGGGUCAUGAUUGGAGAAGAACCUUAUUUAAUAAAUCCAUUUGAUUAUAUGUAUGCUAUACCUAUUCAGAGCGGGAGUACAACCUGUUAUGCAGGAUUCACUGACACAAAUGUUGUUUUUGAUAUUGAAAAUGCUCAAGUUGGUUUUGCACAUACAUUAUGGGGAAUUAAUAAUACUUAA